AUGCUUAAGUUCAAUAAGAAGGAACGCACGAUUCUGACGAGCGUCGUGUUUCUGUAUGUAAUAGCGUCGUUCCAGCUGAGCUCAUGGAAGCUCGAAAAACAGUUCUUCAGGGGUUUCAAGACCCUAAUACCGACGGCAACGGAGGGGCAGACAAUAAAUCUGAAAACCUUCAAGCCCGCGAAUAUGAAGGGCGCGCCUAUAGCAGAGCUGAGGUCGCAAUUGACGCAGCAGUUUCCUUACGACCCAUCGCAACCGAUCCCUAGACGGAUAUGGCAGACCUGGAAGACGCCGUUCAACUCGCCGAAGAUGUCUCAGGGGUUCAAAGACUUCUCGGGGCGCUGGGCUUCAGCAGCGAGCGAGGCUCCGCUUUACGAUUACACUCUGGUCCCAGACGACCACAUUAUGCCUCUCCUGCACAACCUGUAUGGCGCAGUGCCACAGAUAAUCCAGGCAUUCGAUUCAAUGCCACUGAAUAUCCUAAAAGCAGACUUUUUCAGGUACCUAGUGCUGUACGCUAGAGGUGGGAUAUAUUCGGAUAUGGACACCUUUCCGCUCAAAGCGCUGGACGAGUGGCCCUCUAUCAAAACGAGUCGUCUUCCAAAACCAGAGGUGCCCAUAAAGUACAAGGGGCUUGACUCUGCGAGCUCGCCGCCCACUCAGGAGCCUGGCUUCAUUGCCGGGAUUGAGGCCGACCCUGACAGGGAUGACUGGAACGACUGGUAUGCUCGCAGGGUUCAGUUUUGCCAGUGGACCAUUCAGUCCAAACCAGGCCACCCGCUGCUCAGGGAGCUUAUCAUCAAUAUCACGGCCACUACGUUGGCUAGCACGAAUGUGAAGACCAACAUCAAAGCCCCCGAUUUCAUCAUAGAUGAGGGGCACAAGGAUGACUACUUUGUCAACGCCCGGGGCAAAAAGAGGCUGGAUUCCAAGUUCCCCCCCACUCAGAAAAAGACCGCAAAGAACACUGAUGGCACCGAUACUAUGAAUUGGACAGGUCCAGGCGUUUUUUCAGACGCCAUUUUCAAUUACCUAAACAACAUCAUCCAAACAAAUCCUGACAUCAUGAUCAUAAACAACAACUUGAAGGCUAAUAAUAUGGAAGACGGGUCUGGGACUCGGAAGUUUUACCGUAAAAUUACAGAGGGCUUAAUGUCGAGUGCGACAUUUGUUACAGAGUUUUUCUCACUAAUUGAAGAGCCUGUUAUAGUGGACGAUGUCAUGAUACUACCCAUCACUAGCUUUUCGCCAGGCGUGAACCACAUGGGCUCCAAGCCUGAAGACGAUGAUAUGGCUUUUGUGAAACAUAUGUUCAAAGGGACGUGGAAGAAUGAUCCUAAACCCAGUUCGAAGGGUCAGCGUCAACAAGAGUAG